UUUCCUCACCACGAUCCCGCCAUUUCAUCCCCAAGAGACAUCGGAAGAUGGCUGCCGCCACCGUCCGCCUCUUCCUCCUCCUCCCCCUUUGCCUCUCCCUCACCAUCGUUUCUGCCACCGCCACCGUCCCAGGCCCCGAACUCAUCCGCGAGACCUGCAUGCACACCAAGUCCCACCACGACCUCUGCGUUGCGGUCCUCUCGUCGGACCCCAAAAGCAACACCUCCGACGUCCGUGGCCUCCUUGAAAUUGCCCUCAAGCUUACCACCGAGAAUCUGACCAAAACCGCCGACUUCGUUGCCGACUUCCUCGACGAGGCCGACAAGAAAAGCACCGAGCCGGGGCUGCAGCAGUGUCUGGCAUACUGUGAGGACGAGUAUAUAGAUGCCGUGGACCAGCUCACCAAUGCGGCCGCUGCGCUCGAAUCCAAGGUCUACAAGGAUGUCGAGAAGUGGGUGGCGGUGGCCAUUACCGACGUCAAAGCGUGCCAGCAGGAGUGCAGGGAUAUUCCGGGGGACAAGCGCGGGCUGACCAAGAAGAACAGUGACAUCGACAGGCUCUGCAGCAUCACCCUCUCCAUCAAUAAGAUCCUCCUCUGAUCUCUUGAUCUUGAUGGUUACUAUUGGAUUGAUCUACUACCGUGGUUGUUAAUGUGAAAUUUAAGGGCUAAUUUGGUAUUGUUUUAUUGUUGUGCUUUUGUUUCUCUCCAAACUGCUGGUGAAAUAUGAGAUGGAGUUUGACGUUGAAGAUAG